AUGACUUCCUCUAAUAAGCCAAAGGUAUUGUUCGUAGGCGACUUGGACAAGUCGCAGCCAGAAUUCAUCCGUUUCAACGAAAAGUUCACCUGUAUUUUCCAUAGCUUGACAUCUGUGGAUCAACUUAUUGAAGACUUCAACACCAAAUUCAACGAUAUUGAAGCUAUUUACGGUGCCUGGUUAGGUUUCGUUCCACUCGGUGGAUUCCGCGACAAAAUUAUCGAAAAUGCUCCACCCAGUUUGAAGAUCAUUGCUAUUUGCUCUGUAGGUUAUGAUGGUUACGACGGAGCUGCAUUGAGAGAAAGAAACAUCAUUUUGACCAAUGUUCCCUCUACUGGGGCUGCUGGUCCUGUGGCUGAUUUGGUGUUGUACAACACCUUGCUGAGUUUCCGUCAGUUUUCUGCGUACCAGAAGGUAUUCAGUCCCGACAAUAAUCACACCAUCAAGGUCAGAAAGCUCUUGGACAGAUCUGGCACCUUUGAAACCAGGACGGGCCAACCUGUGACUACAGGCGACGGAAGUGGCUACGAUUUUGGUGAGUAUAUUAAUGACAGGCCCAAUGUGAACCCUGGCGGACAUAAUGCGGUUAUCGUCGGGUUUGGAAACAUUGGUAAAACAAUUGGCCAAAGAUUGCUGAGUUUAGGCAUGAACAUUCACUACAUCAAAAGAAACAAAUUGUCAGACUCAGAAGAGGCCAAGUUGGGUUACGAGGCUACAUAUCAUGCAGACAUUCUUUCUACCAAGUCAUUCGUGGAUUUAGUGGUCAUUGCCUGUCCAGCUACUCCAGAAACCAAGCAUUUGAUCAACGCCAAGGUUAUCGACGAAAUUGAACAUCCGUUCAGAGUCAUCAACAUCGGAAGAGGUUCUAUUAUUGAUGAGGAAGCAUUGGUCAAUGGUUUGAAGACGGGAAAGGUGCUCUUUGCAGGGCUUGACGUGUUCGAAAAGGAGCCUUCAGUCCACCCUGAAUUGUUUGGAAGAAGUGACGUCAUUCUUACCCCACACAUCGGAGCUUCCACGGUAGAGAACUUUAACCAUACAUCUGUGGAAGCUAUGAGAAAUAUCGAGAAUGUCCUUAUCGAUGGCGGAGAAGGGUUUACACGGGUUAAUUGA